AUGACCGUCUCAUUCUCGGCCUCAUCAAAAGCUCACAUGGCACCAAGGCUUCCUUGCUCUCGAAUUCUUCUUUCCACCUUCCUAAUGACUCAACUCUUCACUUCGGUACGAUCCUCCGCUUGCUACUACGAUAGUUUCACCGGUCGCACGGUCUGUGAUGGACUCUCCUAUGGUGCUCGUCUCGCAAUCGCCGCUGCUAUUACCAUCGUUGGGGCUCUCGCCUUAACCGGAAUCUCUUAUGUUGUUCGCAAGCGCUUCUACGGUGCAAACACCCCACCUCCAGUUUCAGCCGGCUACUACGGUCCACCACAGACUUCUUAUCCUCCGAACGUAGCAUACGCUCAACAACCCAAUGUCUAUCCUGGUGCCCCUCCACCUGCCCCAGCAUAUGCUCCUCCUGCCGGCCCACCCCCACCGGGCUACAAUCCUGAUUUUUAUAAACAUGGUCCCACACCGGUACCCCAACACCCAUGA